AUGGAAUUUGAGAAGGCGUGGGAGGACAGGAACCCGCGGAAAGCAUAUACUCUACUAAAACAGUAUAGCGGCAAAAUGAGAAGAUGUUCUCCUGUCCUCAACACUGCCAGCGGAGUAGCUGUCGGUGAAGCAACCCUUCCAUUUUGGAGGGAACACUUCAAGACCUUGCUGAACCCGCUAGCACCGUCAGCUCCUGAACUCGAGCACGUUCAUAGACUGACAUAUGCGGUUAACGACCACCGACCGAGUCGGAGGUUCUAG